CUCCAACAUCACUUACGAAAAUGGGUACACCACUAUACAUGGCUCCAUAAAUUCUAUAAGGAAAGCCAUUUUCUUCAAAAUCUGAUAUAUGGUCUUUGGGAGUCACAUUUUAUGAAAUUCUUUAUGGUCGCGUCCCAUGGGAAGGCUAAGAUUUUGAAUCAUUUUUUGAAAAUGUCCAAAAAUAAGUAUUUUAAAUAUUUCAUUUAGCCAAUAUCAUACCCUAAUAAACCUUUCAGAUCAAAAGGAGUGAAGGAACUUAUAACUAAAAUGCUACAAAUUGAAGAAAGUGAUAGAAUAUCCUGGUAGGAAGUAUUUGAGUGCUAAAUUCUAAAAAAAUAAGAGCAAAUCAAUCAGCCAGACUUCAUAAAUAUAUUUCAAGAAAAAGGUUUCUUAUUAAUAAUAAUAUCAAGAUGAACUAGGCAAAUCAAUUUUAAUUAAUAAGUGUUAUCUUGAGCAAUAUUUAGUGGCUAGAUAUUUAAUAUAAGAUCAUAUUGUGGUUCUUGAAAAGCAAAAGGAAAUUGCUUUGAAGAGUUUUGGUGAAGUUAGAUCAAAAUCAAUUAAUUAUGAAUAAGAUCUAAAUGUAAAAGUUUUUUCUUUAAGCAAUAGAGUGAAAUUCUUCUUCGUAAUUAAUAAAUUGAGACAAAAAGAAAAGCAGCUAUGCUAAAAUAUUAUAAUUACUUUUUAUUUGAAAGAAAUGUUUCAUUUUUUUUUAAUUUUGUUGCCUAAAAAAUUAUUUUGCUGCAAUAACAAUAAUUGAUGCUGCCUAAUGAAAGUUAUUAUGGAUUACUUUUUUUUAUUGCUAAAAAUUAAUUAAUCCAUUUAGAAAGAGUAAAUGAAUAAUUUACAAAGAAGGUUCAUGAAAAGUUUAAUUAAGAAACAUGGAAUAGUUUUUUAUUAUCUGAAGUAAUAAUAAAUUCAUUUUCUAGGAAUUUAAGAAAUUAAAAUCAUUAAUCUAAAAAGAUUUGAAGUAUUCUUUCGAUUUUUUUUAACAAAUAUCCAACACCUUCAAUAAAACAGUAGAUAUUAAUCUGUUAAAGAAAUAAAUAUCGAAGAAGAAAAAGAAUUUUAUUUUAGAAAUUGAAAAUUUUAAUAACAAUUCAUUCAAAAUUGAUUAAGGUUUUUAUCAUUUGUAUCAUGAAAUUAUUGGAGAUAAUAUUAAAGAACUUAUCAAUAUAAAAAGUUAAGCAAUAGAUUAUAAUUUACUCAUUUUAUAUCUAUCAAUUUGCUUAAAACCCUAUGAAGAAUUCAAAGAGAUUACUUUUGAUUUUGACAUAUUUUAUGAAUAAACAGAAUAACAGAAGCUUAAUGAUAUUUAUGAAAGGUUGUUACAAAAAGGAUUUUAAUUGUAAAUUCUAAUUUGA